GGCCGCAGAGUGAGGGCGCAGGGCGGGGCUUCGUCUUGUAGUACGUGUGCUUCACAGCGGCUAGCUUGCCUGUGAGUGAGCUAACGCUGCGGUUGAACUGAAGAGCCAUGGUGCUGCUGGAAAACGACUCGUUCCUGACAGAGCUCACACGGCUGUUCCAGAGGUGCAGGACCUCCGGCAGUGUUGUCAUCACGUUAAAGAAGUAUGACGGGAGGACCAAGCCAGUCCCCAGGAAGGGCCACUCGGAGUCGUUUGAACCAGCAGACAACAAAUGUCUCCUCAGAGCCUCUGAUGGCAAGAAGAAAAUUAGCACAGUGGUCAGCACCAAAGAAGUAAUCAAGUUUCAGAUGGCGUACUCCAACCUCCUUAGAGCUCACAUGGAUGGACUGAAGAAGAAAGACAAGAAAAGCAAAAGCAAGAAAACCAAAGCCACCCAAUGAGCAACAGACUCUGUAAUACUUUGGGUGCCUGGACUGGCCUGUUCCACCUGAGGGAUUUGGGAGGGGGGUUCCACCUGGCUCGCCCCUUUCACCUGAGGCCUCACAAUCACUGUUUGUCCACCCAGUGACUGCUCCGACAUCCUGCCUCUGUUUGCACAGCCGUGCGUCUCAUCCCUGUCCAGUCAGUGCCAUCGGUGGACUGGGACAGAAACCCUGAUGAUUUGUACCAGUCAGAGGACGCAGCAAGUCAUCUUUAUUGAGUUACGACAGCCCACACCACCGACUUCUGCUUUGGAAACGAGUUGGCAACCGCUGUGUCAUUCUGGAGGGGCCACAAUGAUAGAGCCCUGUGGUUAAUCGCCUUUUUUAAUAUUUCUUUUAAAUGUUAUUGCCCCUGUUUACUCGUACGUUAGCUCUGUUCCCAUAGCUCUAACCUAUGAGUUGUCGGCAUGUUUCAGUUUGACUGCAGCUCUGCACAGAUUUUAUUUAACUACUCAGUUAGGACGUUUUUUAAGUGAGACAUGUAUGCAUAGGUGCUCCGAAUUACACAACUAAAUCUGACUACAGAGUGAUGCCAUAUUAUGACUUUUUUUUUUUUUUAAUGAAUGUUCAAGUAUCUGACUUGGCUUCAUAUUGCCUGUUUUUCUUUUCUUUUUUUUUUAAGUACCAAGAACCUAUUACUGUUCUGUCCUUUGUUUUUUGAACUGGAGAUGUACAUUGAGUUCACAUUUUGAAAGGCAGUGAAAGCAAUCCUCUUAAGUUAAACGUCUGUGUCAUGCACGGUAUAGUCUGAUUUCAUAUGGUUAACUCCAGUGUAAAUAGUUUAGAGCAGCUUUAGAAAGGCUCAGCAGUGACUUAAACAAAAUGACAUGUAUUAAUAAAGUAGAUUUACUGAAAGGCAUUUGAUUGAUGAAUACAGACAGAGCAAAAUAUUGGCUGAAAAAAAAAAAAAUUAGUUUAUCCCAGUUACGAGGCAGGCACAGCCACAGCUGUUAUAUUUCAUCAACCACGGUUUGUGUCUCGCCA